AUGGUUUCUUUUGCUGAAAAACUUCGCAAAUUACUCUGUUGUGCAAGUCCUGGUAAUUUCGAUGAACCUAUAAUUGAUAGAAGAAGGGAAGCUGCUACUACUGAUCCUGUUUCUACUGCUAAUAUCGCUCCCGAGCAAGAAGCUGUGCCUCAAGAUGAUUUACACCCAGCAACUUGGGAAGAUCCGAUCAGAAGUCCUGUUGAUUUGAGUGACAUUGAACAAGUCGGUACCACUGUCAAGCGGCCUGAUGAUUUAGAACAAGCUCAAUUAUUUCCCGUCUCCUGGGAAGACUCAAAUAAAGCACGCACGGUUUGGAGUGAAGAAUCUACUGCACCAGAAUGGGAGGAAGAUGAUCAAGAAUCCAAAGACAGUGUAAGAAAGCUCCCUCUUCCCUGGGAAGGAAGAAGAGGUUUGGUUCCUUUUGAUGGCGAGACCUUCGGUCCUUCAUGGGCUGAACUUCCGGUGGAAAUCAAUCAACCACAGGAUCUUAACCAAGAUUCUCAGAAGCCAGGUAAAUCUAGUAAAGAGAGUAGUAAGAAGGACGACUCUGAUCAGAGUGUCAAAGAAAUGAAAAAAGAUGACAAAGAAGAUACGCGUACUCAAGUUGAAUCAGGUCCAUCUACUGCCAAGGUCCAGACCCAAGUUGAUCAUAUGGCAACUGUCAGCGUUAAAAAAAGUGAUUCCGAUAAGACAGAUUCAGAUGUAAUCGAUGAGGCAAAAGAUAAAACCAAAGACAUUGUUGAAGAUAUUCAGAAGAGUGUGGAUCUUGAGUCAGAAUUAUCAGAUAAAACCACCAAGAAAUCAGAUGAAGUAACCAUUGAUCAUCAUGACGAAGAAACUAGUGGAUAUUCUAAGGUUUCAAUCAAACAGGAGUAG